ACCCAGAGGAGAGAGCGGGAGCCAGCGCAUCCCUCCUGCUUGGCCCAACCUGCCGUCUGCAUGCUGGGUGACAGAGGCCCCCAGAGUCGGAGUAGGCCCAGUUAUGGCUCCAUCUCCAGCCCACCAAACCUGGGGUCCCAGCAAGCACAUCCUGGAGGUGCCCCCCUGAGUGAGAAGGUCCCCAUCCCAGACACGGAACCGGGCACCUUCAGCCUGCGGAAGCUCUGGGCCUUCACGGGGCCCGGCUUCCUCAUGAGCAUCGCCUUCCUGGACCCUGGCAACAUUGAGUCGGACCUUCAGGCUGGCGCCGUGGCUGGAUUCAAACUGCUUUGGGUGCUGCUGUGGGCCACGGUGCUGGGGUUACUCUGCCAGAGACUGGCUGCUCGGCUGGGCGUGGUGACAGGCAAGGACCUGGGGGAGAUCUGCCAUCUCUACUACCCAAAGGUGCCGCGCAUCUUGCUCUGGCUGACCAUCGAGCUGGCCAUCAUGGGCUCGGACAUGCAGGAGGUCAUUGGCACGGCCAUCGCGCUCAAUCUGCUGUCUGCUGGACGGAUCCCACUGUGGGGCGGGGUGCUCAUCACCGUGGUGGACACCCUCUUCUUCCUCUUCCUCGAUAACUAUGGGCUGCGGAAGCUGGAAGCCUUUUUCGGAUUCCUUAUUACCAUUAUGGCCUUGACCUUCGGCUACGAAUAUGUGGUGGCUCGACCAUCUCAAGCUGCAGUGCUUCGGGGCCUCUUCCUGCCCUCGUGCCCGGGAUGUGGGCAGUCGGAGCUGCUGCAGGCUGUGGGCAUCAUUGGAGCCAUCAUCAUGCCCCAUAAUAUCUACCUGCACUCGGCCCUGGUCAAGUCUCGCGAGAUUGACCGGACCCGCCGGACGAACAUCCGAGAGGCGAACAUGUACUUCCUGAUUGAGGCCUCCAUCGCCCUGUGUGUCUCCUUCUUCAUCAACCUCUUUGUUGUGGCCGUCUUCGGUCAGGCCUUCUACCAGCAAACCAACCAGGCCGCGUUCAACGUCUGUGCCAACAGCAGCCUCCGUGACUACGCCAAGAUCUUCCCUGAGAACAACCUGACCGUGGCGGUGGAUAUUUACCAAGGAGGCGUCAUGCUGGGCUGCGUUUUCGGCCCUGCAGCUCUUUACAUCUGGGCGGUGGGUCUCUUGGCGGCCGGGCAGAGCUCCACCAUGACUGGCACCUACGCGGGACAGUUCGUGAUGGAGGGGUUCCUGAGGCUGCGAUGGUCGCGUUUUGCCCGCCUGCUACUCACUCGCUCCUGCGCCAUCCUGCCCACCGUGCUGGUGGCCGUGUUCAGGGACCUCCGAGACCUGUCCGGUCUCAACGACCUCCUCAACGUGCUGCAGAGCCUGCUGCUUCCCUUUGCGGUGCUGCCCAUCCUGACUUUCACCAGCAUGCCCACCCUCAUGCAGGAGUUUGCCAGCGGCCUGCUGAGCAAAGCCGUCACCUUCGCCAUCAUGGUCCUCAUCUGCGCCGUCAACCUCUACUUUGUGGCCACCUUUGUGCAAAGCAUCCCUCACCCUGCUUACCUGGGCCUCGUGGCAGUGCUAGCGGCCGCCUACCUGGGCCUCACCGCCUACCUGGUCUGGACCUGUUGCAUCGCCCACGGAGCAUCCAGGCUGGCACACAGCUCCCACCAGCACUUCCUGUACGGGCUUCCCGAGGAGAAGCCAGAGAAGGGGGAGCCGGCUGGCUGAGCUCGCCUGACUGGGGCGCA